UUAAACAUGGAGCUCACUAAGGGGAUGAAAUAAAGGCAGCGUGAAGGUUUGGCACUCAGCAUUAACUGACUUGUAGUUUCUAAACAGGUUUUUAGAUUGAAAAGCAUGGGUGGGUGAUCAUAGCACGGUAUCUACUGUAUAUUAUAAGGAAACCAUAAAAAUGUUCUUUCCCUUCUCCUGGAUCCUGGGAAUUUUUGAAUGGAUUAUUUUAGAUUCCAACCCACUAGACUGUUUCUUUCAAGGUCUUGUGGGUGCCUGUGGUAUAGCAGUGCUGUGCAACUUGUUGAGAGUCUACAACUUUAUUCAAACAUGCAGUGAUUCUGAGACUGAAACUGAAAGCAAACAGAACUCCUCCUCAACUGGCAGUCGUCUGAGAGGAAACUGGACCACAUCUCUCCAGUUCUGGUUCCUGACGGUCCUUCUGUCUCUGGUGGGAUCGAGGGUUUCCUCUCUGAUCGUGCUGGAGUUUUCUCUCAGAGCUGUUUCUUCCUGGGCAACAGCACGACUGGAUGCUGAUGGCAGAAGCCUGGAGUUGCUGCUGAUCCAGAGCCAGUUCACUCUGGGUUGUGGGCUCUCCUGUACUCUGGGCUACCUCCAUCAGGGGGCUCCACACAGCUCCCUCAGCCUCUUUCUGGCAGCUGCUCUCAGCUGGGCACUGGCAAGUGUCAGCCACAGUCUGUGGAGCCAUGUGGCCAGACUCUACCCACUUCAUAGCACAGAGCAUCACUGUGGGAAGUGCAUCACCCUCCUGGCCUCCGGACACACCAUACUGGCUUCACUGCAAAGAGCGGUUGUCUUGGUCUUCGCUCUAGCAGCUGUGGCUUCCACCGCCACGGUUUAUGACCACUUCCUGUCCCAGAAGGAUGCACUCAAGUUUUGGACUCCAUUGACGCUUUGCUACUCCAUCCUGGUGGUCUACGUCCAAGGUGAUUGUCUAGCCUUGUAUAGAGAGGAUCAGCAGCGUAAGCCCGGCACAGAAGCUCUGUUUCACACUGUGGUGCUACGGCUGGGAGCCCUGCUGGUGCUGGUGCUGACCGUGGACAACUGGUCCGAUGUACUCCACGUCCUCAUCACUUUUCUGGGGGAAGCGGUCAGCCUGCUGCCCUCUCAGGAUCUACUGAGAGCCUCGUUACAGGAAGAAGAAGCUACACGCGUAAGAAAAUAUCAACCGAACUUCAAUCACAAAUUGAAGGAUCGUAGGAUGGACACAUCAUCAGAUGACAGUUGAUGGAGCACCCAAAAUCUACCACGAAACCGGACACUACCUCGAAUUUCAAUGAAUCCUAAUAACACUGUUUACAUAAUAAAAGAAUACACACUUGAUGGCACUAA